UCUGUUCUAGACUAGAGCACUACAUUACACAACACUUCUCAAACAGGCCCUAAAUGUUGGUACCAAAACUGUUGAAGAUUUGACAAUUAACUCUCAAAAAAGAUUUAAAAAAAAAAAAUUUCAAAGCUGAGUCCCAGAUAGCGGUUGGUUAUGUCACUUAAUAGUCUGGAACAAUCCAAAAUGUAAACGCACCACUGAACAAACACCUGUCUGGCUGAGCCCUCUACAAGAAACCACGUAUAUAAUCCUCUUUAACACUUUUAUUUCUUUUUUUUGAAAAAAUUAAAACCCUUUUUUGAUCAGCUUCAAAAAAAACCCCACUUGUCUCUCUCUCUAACAUAGACAUAGAAGCUAGCUUUAAUAAUCUUUGAUCUCUGAUCAUGGUGGCUGGAAGGUCAUGUAUAAGCCGUAUGGAGCCUCUCUUAGUAGUAAACUUUGUUGUGUAUUUGGUCAUACUGGGACUAGCUGCAUGGUCUCUUGACAAAUACAUUAAUGGCGAACAGAAUCAUCCUCAUUUAGGUGGGAAUGAAUCAACAAGCUUCAUGUUGAUAUAUGCAUUAACAGCCGGUGUGACCGGGGUAUGUUCAGUUCUUGCUGGACUCAUACAUCUUCGAGCAUGGCGCAGUGAUAGUUUGGCCAGUGCAGCUUCUUCAGCACUCAUCUCCUGGGCUAUAACAGCCCUUGCUUUUGGUCUUGUGUGCAAGGAGAUCAUAUUGGGAGGCCACAGAGGAAAACGCUUGCAAACGUUGGAAGCAUUUAUCGCAAUAUCAACAUUGAGCCAGUUCCUGUAUCUUGUGAUUUUGCAUGCUGGUUUGUAUAGCAACAGAUAUGGACCUUUUUAUCGCGGCAAUGAGGCUCAGUAUGGCAGCACUAGUAUAGUAGUAUGACACAUGAACUCCAAAAGACUGGCACUUCUGCUGUCAUCUGAAAAUAGAUUUUAGAUUUUAAACGACUAUGCCUGUGUCUGUAUUGUGUAUAUUAUAUAUAGAUUUUGCCAAGUUUUACUUACCAAACACAAAGAAAUAAAAUUAACCUAGUUUUUUGGUUUGUACAUAAGCUAUGCAUGUAUGCAGAACUCGAAAAUGCUUCAUCGGGAAGUUGCAUU